AACUACGGGACCGCCGCGGCUGCCUUUAUACAGAACACCGCAAUUCUUCAUGAUCCAUUCCUUCCACCCCACUGGACCCGUAAUAACCCCGAUGCCAAUACGUUGGUCUCUGGUGCCGAUUGGCUGCUUUAAUCACAACGAUUUGUAGUCAGCGUAGGCGCAGGAUCUGGCUUCUCUCGGUAAUCCUCGAAAACUAGCUCAGGGGUAGCCUGUACUCGCUCAAUAAACUAUACGCACUUGUGGCUCUAUCUACGCUGGUACUUAUGCCCUCCACUCAAAUCUCGGUUCCGCCUCGAAAAAUCAAUUGGAGAAUCAAGAGUUCCUGAUUCGCGUUUGGUUGUAAUAAUCAGAGGCAUUGCAGAAGUCGCAUCAUCUAGUGUUAUUCUGCUGAUUGCAUAAUUGGUGACCAUGGGAGAGAUCACCGCUAUCGACGACAGAUCCUCGUCCGAGGAAGAGGUUCUGGAGACCACCAGCGCUGCGGCCGACGGAGCAGUUGCCCCGGCUGACGGAGCUUCAAAACCGAAAAAGAAGAAGAACAAAAAGAAGAAGAAAGCUGCGAAAUCUGAUGGGGGAGAUAGAGAAGCAGAGCAGACCAUUGAGCCGGUGCAGGCGGUUUCGACCAAGUCGAACACCCCGUCGGCGAGCGUGCGGAAUCUGGAGGAGCUGUUGAGACAGCUUGCGAUGCCUCAGGAUAAGCCUCGACAAAAAGCCAUGGAUGAAUACAAAUUCUGGCGCACGCAGCCAGUCACAAAAUUCGACGAGAAAAUCGACGACGAAGGCUCAAUUGACCCUGAAAAGACCCCGGACGAUGUUCCUGAUCAGCCAUACCCUCUGCUGAAAGAAUUCGAGUGGUGUACGCUUGAUUUGAAUGAUACCGCUCAGGUUGAAGAAAUUUACGAUUUGCUGUACCACAACUACGUCGAAGACGCCGACGAGACUUUCAGAUUCAAGUACUCGCCCCGCUUCUUUGACUGGGCGUUGAAAGCUCCAGACUGCCGUCCUGAAUGGUUCGUCGGUGUGCGGGUUGCGGCCACAAAAAAGCUGGUGGCUUUCAUCAGCGGAAUUCCGAUGCACUUGCGGAUCCGCAACACGACCCUGCCUGCCUCCGAGGUCAACUUUCUUUGCGUGCACAAGAAGUUGCGAUCAAAGCGACUUGCGCCACUAUUGAUCAAGGAGAUCACGCGCAGAAUUAACAAGCAAAACAUAUGGCAUGCUCUUUAUACCGGUGGUGUUGUUCUGCCUAGUCCGGUUUCGACAUGUAGAUACUAUCAUCGGUCAAUCAACUGGGCCAAACUCAACGACGUGGGCUUCAGUCCUCUGCCUCCAAACACAACCCGCGCAAAGAUGAUUUCAAAGUUCAAACUGCCGGCUCAGACCUCACUCCCUGGAUUGCGACUGAUGGAGCGAGGUGAUAUUGAUCAAGUGUUUGAUCUUCUGGUUACCUAUCUAUCCAAAUUUGAGCUGGCGCAGGUGUUUGAAAAAGAUGAGCUGCUGCACUGGCUGAUGCACGACUACGGCCUCGACGGACGCGCGAACGAUGCAAAGGAUCCCGACCGAGUUAUCUGGGCGUACGUCGUCGAGACUCCGAACGGAGCCAUCACCGACAUGGUCUCUUUCUACAAGCUCCCUUCGACUGUGUUGGGAAAUGCAAAGCACGACUCUUUGGAAAUUGCUUAUGCAUUCUAUUACGCAUCGUCGGUUGCUCUCGACGCGCCUUCGAGAUCGGAUGAGGCCGGAACCGCAAAGCUGAAAGCUCGAUUGACUGAACUCUUCAACGAUGCACUCAUUAUUUCCCGCGACCUCGGCUUCGACGUCUUCAAUGCGUUGACUUUACUCGACAACCCGUUGUUCUUGGAAGAGCUCAAGUUCGGCGCUGGCGAUGGAUACCUCAACUACUACGUCUUCAACUACAAGGCUUUCCCUAUCGCCGGUGGUAUGACACCUGAUCGUAGCCUCGACGUUGCGAACAGGAGUGGGGUUGCUGCCGUUAUGUUGUAGGUUUCACUCGUAUACCACACGAUGCGUGCAGAGGUCAGAGUAUCUGAAAACUCGAGUAGGUAAUAUAUACGCAUAGCAAAAGUUAUAUAAUGAAAAACUAUAUGUACAAAAAAUCAAGAAAUAUACACUUUUCAGCAUGCCAUUCGGAUAAUAUCCACCCGAUCAAUUAAGCAUGUAACACCACCCCACGCUCCUCGCCGCUGGCAGUACGCGCGCAACCUUACUUUUCGUGUUUCUCUUUCAGAGCC